AUGGAUCCGUCUAAUCCUGAGGAACCUUCUGAUCAAUCAUCUGCUUCUCCAGAGAUAUAUGGAACAUCUCCCGGCACUAAUAGAUCAAUAGCUAAAUCUAAGUCCAAGAAAUCUUCUGCAAGUCAUGAAGGAGUUCCUACAAAACAGCGUUCAUGGUCAUGUUCAGAGUGCGGGAAAUCAUUCACUGGAAACAAUAAACUUCUUAGACACCAGAGAAUUCACAGGGGGGAGCGUCCAUAUUCAUGUUCGGAGUGUGGGAAAAGUUUUAUUCAGAAAGGAAGACUUAUUAUACACCAGAGAACACACACUGGAGAGCGUCCCUAUUCAUGUUCAGAGUGCGGAAAGGAUUUCACUGAGAAGCAGUUACUUCAAAAACACCAGAGAACUCACUCAGGCGAGCGUCCGUAUUCCUGUUCAGAGUGCGGGAAGUGUUUCCUUCAGAAAGUAAACUUUGUUAAGCACCAGAGAAUUCACACAGGUGAACGCCCCUAUUCAUGUUCAGAAUGUGGGAAAGGUUUCACUGUGAAAUAUGGACUUGCUAGACACCAAAGGAUUCACACAGGUGAGCGCCCUUAUACAUGCUCUGUGUGUGGAAAAAGUUUGACUGAAAAGACAACAUUGCUUUUGCAUCAGAAAAUCCACACGGGUGAGCUUCCAUAUUCAUGUUCAGAGUGUGGGAAAGGUUUUGCUGUGAAAAAAUCACUUAUUACGCACCAGAGAAUUCAUACAGGUGUGCGUCCAUAUCCAUGUUUAGUAUGCGGGAAAUCUUUCAAUGUGAAAGAUGGACUCAUUAGACAUCACAGGAUUCACACAGGUGAACGUCCCUAUUCAUGUUCAGACUGUGGGAAAUGUUUCAUUGAGAAAGGAAGCCUUCUAAGGCACCAGGAAAGUCACAAAGGUGAGCGCCCUUAUUCAUGUUCGGAAUGUGGAAAAUGUUUCAUUCACAAAGGAGACCUUCUUAAACAUCAGAGGAUUCACACAGGUGAGCGUCCUCAUUCAUGUCUAGAGUGUGGGAAAAGCUUCAUUCAUAGAGGGGACCUUCUUAAUCACCAGAGAAUUCACACAGGUGAGCGUCCCUAUUUAUGUUUAGAGUGUGGGAAAAGCUUCAUUCAUAGAGGGGACCUUCUUAAUCACCAGAGGAUUCACACGGGUGAACGCCCUUUUUCAUGCUCAGUGUGCGGGAAAAGCUUCAUUCAGAGUGGAGACCUUUUUAAACACCAAAGAAUCCAUUCGGGCGAGCGCCCUAAUUCAUGUUCAGUGUGCGUGUGCGGGAAAUCAUUCGCUGAAAACAGCAAACUUCUUAGGCACCAGAGAAUUCACACGGGUGAGCGUCCCUUUUCAUGUUCAGAGUGUGGGAAAUGUUUCAUCGAGAAAGGAAGGCUUCUUAUACACCAGAGAAUUCACACUGGUGAGCGUCCCUAUCCGUGUUCAGAGUGUGGCAAAUGCUUCACUGAAAAAGGAAGCCUUCUUAGGCACAAGGAAAGUCACGCAGGGGAGCGCCCUCAUUUAUGUUCCGAGUGCGGGAAAAGUUUCAUUCACAAAGGAGACCUCAUUAAACACCAGAAGAUUCACACAGGUGUACGUCCCUAUUCAUGUUCAGAGUGUGGAAAAUGUUUCAUUGAGAAAGGAAGUCUUGAUAGGCACCAGGGAUGUCACACAGGCGAGCGCCCUUAUUCAUGUUCAGAGUGCGGAAAAUGUUUCAUUCAGAGAGGAGCGCUUGUUAAACACCAGAGAAUUCACACAGGCGAGCGUCCUUAUUCAUGUGCGGAGUGCGGGAAAAGUUUCAAUCAAAGAGGAGUCCUUGUUAUACACCAGAGAAUUCACACAGGCGAACAUCCUUAUUCAUGCCCAGAGUGUGGAAAAUGUUUUAGUGAGCGAGCAAACCUUGUUACCCACCAGAUAUGUCACACAGGCGAGCGUCCCUAUUUAUGUUCAGAGUGCGGGAAAUAUUUCACUGCGAAAAGAAGUCUUCUUAGACACCAAAGAAUUCACAUGCGGGGGCACCCUUAUUCAUGUUCAGAAUGUGGUGAAAGUUUCACCCACAAAGGAACCCUUCUUACACACCAGAAAAUUCACACAGCCUGGCGUCAUUAUUCAUGUUCAGAAUGCGGAAAACAUUUCAUUCAGAUAGAACAACUUGAUAGACAUAAGAGAAUUCACAGAGGUGAGCAUCCCUAUGCAUGUUCACAGUGCGGGAAAGGUUUUACUAACAACAGAGACCUUUGUAGACAUGAGCUCCUUCAUACAGGCGAGCGCCCCUAUGCAUGUUCAGAGUGUGGGAAAUGUUUCGCUCUUAAAGGAAACCUUCAGGCACACCAGAAAAUCCACACAGGGCGUCCUUAUUCAUGCCCAGAGUGUGGGAAAAGUUUCAUUCAGAAAUCACGUCUUCUUGAACACCAGAGAAGCCACACAGGGGAGCGUCCUUUCUCAUGUUCAGAGUGCAGGAAAUGUUUCACUAUCAAAGGAAACCUAAUUACACACCAGAAAAUUCACACAGGCGAGCGUCCUUAUUGUUGCCCAGAAUGUGGGAGAAAUUUCACUCAGAAAGCACGCCUUCUCGAACACCAGAGAAUUCACACAGGCGAGCGUCCUUAUUCUUGCCGAGAAUGUGAGAAAAGUUUCAGUCAGAAAGCUCGCCUUGUUGUUCACCAGAGAAGCCACGCAGAGGAGCGUCAUUAG